GCUGAGAGGAAAACAUGGCGGACGUGGAUGUAGCGAAGUCUCUGAGCGGACUGUUGAAUGGAAUAGCUCAGAAAGUGUAUUAUAACAAGAGUGAGAUCACAGAGGAGCUGCUGAAGAGCGAGCUGUACCCGGAUGUGUCUCACGAGGAGUUCAGGGCUCUGCAUGAGAAGAUGAAAGGACUGCUAAAGUCUAUCGCCACAGCAGACAUGGACCAUGCCCAGCUGGAGGCCUUCCUCACGGCGCAGACCAAGAGGCAGGGCAGCGGUGGGGUGACUGCCGAGCAGGCCGCCGCCCUCUCUCGCUUCUGGAAGAGCCAGCGAGUGCGGGUGAGGGAGAGCUUGCUGGCUCAGAGCCGCUGGGAGCCCGGACUCAGGGGCCUCUCCUGGAGGGUGGACCUCCAGACUGCAGCCAGCCGGGGGGAUGCAGCCCACAGCGGCCCGGUCGCCCUGAUGGAGCUGGAGCUGGGCAGAGCCGGACAGGACUCAGAGUUUGUGUGUCUGGAGUUUGACGAAGCUAAAGUCAACCAGGUGCUGAAGAAGAUGUCCGAUAUCCAGGAGAGCAUUGACAGAAUCGUUCAGCGCACCUGAAGCUGUGUGCCAGAGUUUUUUCUUCAGACAGCAGAGAGACAGUGAGGUGGAGAGACGACAUCUGAAGAACUGUUUGUUCCUUGCAGAUCUGUGUUUGUCAGAAGGGAUCCAUCGUGGCUUUAGCAGCUGCCUUCAACUGAUCAACACAGCCACCCCAAGUUUUGUUUACUUUCGUAACCUACUGUAACUCAAAGUGCUGUUUUAUUAUUGUGUUUCUUACAUCAUAUUUACAGCCUCCUCUGGUUGGACGAUGGUUCCUUUAUGGUUCCCCUGCAGCACUGUCCUUUUUUAACCACCAGUUUGAAGCAGUGAAUAAUUCUGGAUGAUGCAGUGAAGCUGUAAGCAGAGUAUACAGUACCCCACUGAAGCAGGGUACUGUAUACUCUAGGUAUGAAAAACAGAUACCGCCCAAGCCUUAUACCUACCUGUAUUAUUAAAAUGCUAGCACAUUAACAAAGUUACAUCAACAUUAAUCUCAAAGCACAGCUGACAAAGUCCAGGUCAGACUGAUGAAAGUUGGCCUGUUGUUGUCAUUAACAUUAUCAGGCAGCUGAAAAGAGUUCAGAGCGUCCUGGUCCUUUAAGACAGUGGUGUCACCGUCUGGUCCUAAGCCCUGAUAUCAGGAGGAUACAGGUACAGAGCACGUCUGGCUCAUCGGGACAUCAGGACAGGAUUUAACACCACAGCUUUGAGAAUCAUUACACAGCUCGAUCCCCCAGUUCAGUUACAGAGUUUCAAUCUAAAUACAGGUCGUAAACUCUCCACACAGGAGAGCGGGAUACACGACUCCCUUUAAUUUAAACAUUAAUGAGCAAGUUUUCUUUUUUCAUCUUGGUUUUCUGUUGCUGUGUUCAGGCGGCAGGCUAAAUCACUUCACAGGUGGAUGACACUGAGAGUAGCAUGCAACAAAAGGCCGAUGUCAGCUUCACAGUAAACUCAAGUCAGUAAAAUUUGAACCAUAUAAACCUGCUUCAGGUCACAGCUCUACUUUAGAUCCACAGGACUGCACUUUCGACCCAACUCAACGUUAUGCUCCGAUAGUAUUGUGACACACUGUAUAUAAAAUGUUCUUACGCAGGUUUGUGCCAAUGAAGAUUAAAACUUGAAGAAGUUUCCCUUGACUUUUUUAUUGAUGUGUUUUCAUUCAGUUCUUUAUCGUGUGUCAGAUACUGAUACAAAUGUCAGAUUUAUUGUUUGAUGGCCUUCAAUACAACAAUGAUAUAAUCUAUCUUAACAGGGAAGCUGUUACAGGUUCAGUUCCCCAUCUGUGCUUUCCUCACAGUCACCAGACUCCACUGAGAAAAGCAGUAAUUUCAGCUCGGUGAACACGGGAGCUGCUGGUCUACCACUGCCUCAGUUGGUUAGCUAGUUUGUGUUAUUGGGUGACUUUGGUGAAUCCGAACUAACCCUUCACAGUGCCAGAGUCAUGCAAUAAGACAAAGUAAGUGUUAAAGGCAGCACCAGACCAGCAGCUCCUGCUUUAGGUACUGUUAAAUCAGUUGGCCCGUUUCCACCGCAGGAACCACCCUCGAAGGACAGAGUUCCAGAACUUUUACAGGGGCUAAACAAGUCCCUGCCUCGGAGUAGGUACUCAGAACGGCUCGAUAAACUCCUGGGUGCUGAUUGGAUAUACUCAAGGCGGGAUGUGACGUCAACAGAAAGCGACAAAAUAGCCGGCAUUUUUAAAACUCAGCAGACGAGGAGUUGCAUUUUUAUAGCUUCCACCACCAUGUAAAUGAAGAGACACGCCAGAAACCCAGCAACCACCUCAGCUCCUUCCAUGUUGAUAAUCGUCUUUCUUAUGUCUGCUUUCUUCUUCUUGCUUCUGCUUCGUACGUUCUUCUUUGUUUGUUUCUUUGCCGUGUCGCCCCGGUCAAAAUGGUCGUGCAACGUUUACAUCACAUCCACAGCCCGGUAACUUUACAGGAACCUUCCUCCUACUCUGCCCUCUCAGUGGAGACACGGUGGUUGAGAGGGCAGAGCGAGAGGACGUUCCUGUAAAGUUCCUGCCCCCCAAAUAGUACCAGGAACUUCUUCAGUGGAAACGGGCCUAGUGUUUUUCUCAGUGGAGUCUGGCUUUGAAGAGAGCGAUACAACAGCUUCAUUUCCCUUUUGGAAAUGGCUGUCUGACAGCAAAAUAAAGCAGUGAAAAUAUUCUAAAUAAAGCAUACACUUCUUAGGUGCUUAAAGUGUGUUUUGUUGCUGACCCCGUCCACCACAGUAGAUCGCUUCCAUAUCGGACUCUGCCUGCUUCUCCAAACUGGAGCUGAUUGACAUCUACUGUUUGUGAUAUACUGUCUGUGGAUAAGUAUGUGACUCAACUUCAAAAGAUCCGAACUUUGCCUUUAAUCCUUACGAUGUAGGAAGAUUUUUGAAGUACUUGCAGGGUGGAGUUCAGCGAUGUUUUUUGUCUGAUGCUUUAUUAAUCUGUAGAAAAACAGCUCAGUGUAAAUAUGUCUUUGUCCUUGUCAUAAUUGCUUUGUAAUAAACCUCAGUGACAUCAUGUUGGAG